AGCGAUUUCAAGUCCAAUCGGGCAUCGUUUCAUUUCAGUUCUUGGUGAAAGAAGAGAAAGAUUCUUCAAAUUUCUCUCUUAUUUUAAAGGUGCCUCAAAUCUAAAAUUGCCCACUCCACAACACAACCAUGUUGUAUAUGGGAACCUGUCAAAUCACAAACCUGUGAAAAUGGAAAAUUUGUUCGAAGUAUCGGCACCGAAACAGAAGACCAAUACUUCACAACCAACCAUAGAAACGAAGAAAUAAAUGAAUCACCAAGAGCUGAAAUAACAUUUGAGUAUUCUAUAUCUAAAGACAGAUUAAAUGGGGAUGGAGAUAAUGGCACAACACUAGAGAGUAGUUGUGCAGACAGUACUGAAAAACCAGUUGAAGUAUUUCUAGAAGAUCCUUUUGUUUCAUCGGGUGAUAAGCAAAACUCUUCUAAGCGUAUAACUUUAAAGCUCAAAGAAAUAUCAAGACAAGAGUUUUCUCUAGCUGAUAAUAUUGCUCCUCGAAAGGUGCCUCGAAGAGUUGAUGAUAUCACUUUCCCAAAAAAAUCUCUUGCUAUUGCUAAGGGGGAUUUCGCCACUGGUUCUGCUGAAAGUGGAAAUUCAUCUGGAAAGCAUUUAUCUGUGGGACAAAGAAAGUUGGAGCAAAGUUUAGAUAAAAAACAGUCUUUCACACCAGGUGUGUUGUCCUCUAGUAAGGCAAGAAAUGGAGAGAGUUUGUCCGAGAGUCUGGCAGCUAAAAGACAGAGAAGCUCUGCUUCCUCAAGAAAAAAUCCAGAACCAAGAAAGCUUCUAAAGAGAUCCAAUAGCAAUGAUCAAAGCACAGAGGAAACGAAUGAUGAUGAUAUGCAAGAAUGUUAUGAUGAGGAACUGACAGAAACUAGAGUGUUUGGUGAUACAGCAGAGCAUUCGUUAGGUGAAGAUCCAAUAGUUCUGGUUAGAGAACCCUCAUCAUCGUUAUCAUCAGAAUUGGGAAACCAAGAAGGAGAAUUUAAAGAUGAUGCUGAUGAUCAGCCCAGCAUUUGUCAGCUAUGUGGAAAGGAGUGUGCAACACCUGCAAUGCUCACGAACCAUCUAAUGAAACAUCAACCAAACGGAACAUCAUGUCCUAUUUGUAAUAAAUACUUCAGUCGUCGACAAGGCUUGCGCUACCAUGUCCAAACACAUGCUGGCGAUAAACCACACAUUUGUAAGAUUUGCAACAAGACGUUUACGAAGUCUGCUUCUCUCGUUGCACACCACAGGACACAUUCUGGUAUACGGCCGUUUAAGUGCCCAAAAUGUAACAAAGGAUUUACACAUUCAAGUAACUUAUCCAGUCAUUUGAGAAUUCAUUCAUCUCUUAGACCAUACCGGUGUAACUUUUGUUCCAAGGGGUUCAAGACAUCCAGUCAUUUAACUCUACAUAUACGUAGUCAUUCAGAUGAAAGACCCUAUGAAUGUGGUGAAUGUGGAAAAGCAUUUAAAAAUUCAAGUCAUUUAAGAAGUCAUGAAAAGCUGCAUCUUUUACCAAAAACUGUGUUUUGUAAUAGUUGUGGUGAAGGAUUUAGAAGCUUUUCCCAUCUGAUUUAUCAUCAACAAACUAAUCCUCAAUGUGCUGAGGAUGAUGACCAAGAAGAUUAUGAAGUGGGGCAGAAUACACAAAGGAAUUCUAGAAAUGAGUCAAAAGUUAAACAGUCCCACAUGGGAGAGCCAAGAGGUUAUCAAUAUAAUAGUAAUGAAAUGAGGAGAGAUUCUGAAGUACAGAGGCAGAGGGUAAAGUAUGAUGCAAUAAGUAAUAUGGCUGAACAAUAUUCAUUCCAAAGGGAUAGGCAGGAGUUACAGCAAAGCACUUCCAGUGCUUUAACAAAUAUGGCUGAACAUUCAACUCAAGGGGAAAGACCAGAGGUACAUCAAAAUACUUCGGAUUCUUUAAGUAAUACUGUUCAACAUUCAUCCCAAGGGAAUAUACAGGAGAUGCAGCAGGGUAYUACUUCAAGUUUACAUGAGAUGCAAUAUGAAGAGCAGAAUCCACAGCAAGAUAAUGGAACUGAAGAUGUAUCUGAAAAACCAGCGUUAUUUGGAAUCAAGCAGCUGCAGAGUAAUAUAUGACUAAAGACAAUUCAUAGAAUAUAAUAGUCUAUACUGCUGUUUUCAAUAUUCUGCUUACUCGGACAUUUUCGACGGCUUGUUGUGAAAUUGGUUUUUCACUGCUGUCAGUCAAGAGUAUAAAAGGUAUCAAGUGAUUAUUUUUGAUUGACGGCAGCGAAAAACCAAAUUUCAGCCUGCAGCUUGUAAAUAUAACUACCGAGCUCGCAGAACAUUUAAAACCACAGUAAAGUUGAAGGGAAGGAAGACAGGUAGUAGGAGUUUAUAAUGCCUAAAAUGAUAUAGAUGAAAACUUAGGAGGACUGUAUUCGCCAUUUUCCAUACAUUGGUUCACUGGUCAAACACAAAGCACUCAAGCGAGGCGCCAAGGUACUUUCAAAGGAUUAUUCAAAUUUGAGCCUUGCAACCUUGACUGAAAGCUUUGUGUUUGACCAGUGAACCGAUGUAUGGAAAAUGGCGAAUGUAGAUUAAGUCAUUUCAUUGUGGUGUCAUUUACAGUGUACUACCAAUACCAGAAUCCCUUGUAUACUUUUUUUUGUUUAGGUGAUUAGCGUUAAGGACCAUUCAUCAUUUAGGUAAAAGGGGACAAUGUCGAAGUUAUACUGUAUAUACUAAGGGAGAGAGGCCUAUAAAGAUUAAUAUCAUAUGGCCCGUAUCUGCCCAGGCAUGCGCUCUUAAAAAAACUUUGGAAAAAUGGUGUGAGCCCCUGCUGUACGAAUCCGUAUGGCCCUGAUCGAAUCCUGCGACCAUAUUGACAUAAUUUGCAACUUUUAAAAUAUCUUUUUUAUUUAGGUAUGGGAACUAAAAAAAUGGACUAAUAUAUCUAUUAACACUCAACAACUGUAGCAACAUUAGCUACCAGAGCAUACUCUGAUCCUGAUGUACCCUUAAUAAAAACCAUGUAUCUGAGAUGAGAACUAAUGAGUGGACUAAUAUAUAUGUUGAAACAUUCAACAUAUUUUAAGUGAUCACAUCUCAAUUCGUAAAUGUUAUAGUGAAGAGAUUGGCUGUAUGAACCUUGUAUUUUUGUGAAUAAAACUAUCUUUGUGAUAUUUACUGUGAA